ACGACGCCCAGUGGCCGUGACGUCACAAGGUGUAUUGCUCGCGGCCAUCUUAGCUGGUUAAUGGGGUUGUCCAUUGUGAGCUGUAUCAUUGUAUUCUUAAUUUGAAAUAUUGUGCUGUACAAUGAGUGAUAUCACGGACAUUGAGGAUACACAGAGGAUGCCGAAGAAGCCGAGAGUGGAUGGAGGCAAUCGUUGUGCAGCGUGGGGUUGCGGUACCUCGAAAUUGAAGGACGGAGUUGGUGUGUUCAACUUUCCCGAUGAGAAAAAAUCCCCAGAACUUCUCAAGUAUUGGUGUCGGCUUGUGCGGAAUACUCGAUCGGAUUUUAAAUUCAUAAAAGGGACCUCAAGAUUAUGUGCAAAUCCCUCUGACUCGGAUCAGAUAGAAAACCAUUUGUUUAUGAAGCUGAUGGCCGAAAAGGACCCAAGUAUUGCGAAGAAGACACGGAGGCUGGUCCCAAAGGCAACACCAAAUCCGGAUCUCUUUCCCAAACGAUCAACUCAUGGUACACCGCUGAUGACAGAUACUACAGUUCGGCCAUCCAGGCCUAGGAUUAGGAAUAGACAAAGGCCUGGUGCAGCAGGGUUGUGGAUGCUGCCAUCAAAGAAGCAGAUGCAGAUGCAGACGCAGACAUGGCAGAGUUGGACGUUAUGCCCGAGGCGGAGGAGUCUCCCCCGCCCUCACCUCUGUUUGUGCCCAAGAUUGGUGUCCUUCAUCAGAUUAACAUUAUGGACUUUAUUGCAGUAUUGACUACUCAUAAAUAGUAGUUGAUAAGUAUAAAGACAGAUCACCUCAUAUUGAAGCAUUUUGUCAUCCAAUGGAAUUCAUCAUGUAGUGCAGAUUCAGGUAGUGAAGUUAAAAUGUAGCAAAAGUUUUAAAGGCAAAAUAAUUGAAAACAACCAUUGUAUUUCAGGUCAAAGUUGACAACUAUGUGCAGGUGAAUAGAAGGAAGCCACAUCGUUCUGUCAGAGUUCAAUUAGUCCCAAAUACCUUUUCUCAGGGCACCCAAACAGACUUUUACAGCUGCUCUUGUGAAAGUGAGUCUUGUGAGUCGAGCAGAGCAACCUAUCAGCAUUGCCCCCUGUGCCUACGCCCAGUGUCCCAGAUGUUAUUCUCAGUACAAUUUGAGACCUUUGAUGAUGCCGAGUCAAGCAUUGAAACUGAUGGUGAAGAUGAUGAAGACGGACAAAUUAGAGAAAUUGACAGCGACUAUGAGCUACAGUGUUCAGAUGGAUUCACGGAUGAUGAGAGCAAUUUCCCGACAGUCAGAAUGAAGAAAUGAAGGACCCAGCCUCUGAAAUUAAAUACUUGGUAUUCCACUCCUGUCUUAUGCAGCUCUUUGCAGCAUGUCCUGUGUGUUCGUCAGAGUCCUCAAGGGAGAUAAAACAGAUAGGCACAUUCAUUUCUGUGGAGCAGCGGUGCACUAAUGAACAAUGUUUAUUUACAAGGUAUGUGACAAAUGUUAUGACAGACAAAGUGACCAUAUAUGGACUAACAAUAUUUGAUGUGAAAUGUUCUCGUAUUUUGGCCUUGAGAUAAGGCCCAUCACCAUUAUAAAUUAAUAAACAGUGCUGUGAAUUAAUUUUGCCACACCCAGGAAACCUGUCACGUUUCCAAGUAUUGAAAAUUAAAAGGAAGACUUCCAUUGCUGAUGUAAAACUAGUGCAGAGUACUGUAUAGUGGUCAUGGACAUACACCUUGUGAUGUCAUCACCGCGUGGUGGCGCGAUUGCUGGUUUUGUAGCAGACGAUGUUUUUGACGCUGAGAUUCGGUGACAAAAAAUGACCUGUUUAAGAAAUACAGCAAGAUAUUGCUAUAAACUUUUUUUGGGAUCUUUCUUUUGUACCCUACCGACACUAAAUGUGGAAUGUUGUAUGGGGGGACUGGACUUUCGCCUGGAGAUCAUUCGCCUGGAAUUCCUUGACAGCCUCAAGCACAGGACAGGCAAGGCAAGGUCGGGGAAUCUUGGCGAGAGCAGAGGUUGGGGACACAGAAGGAAGACGUGAACAACCGUGAACGGAGCAGAGGCGGUUCAGAAAGCCAGAGGAAAGCGGUAGAGCAGAAAAAUGGAUCGGCAGCCCCUUUUAAACCUUAUAUAAGCAGUAUUGUGUACCUGUGUGGUAUUACCUAAUAAAGGGGAAUAUAUUUUUCUUUCUUGUGUGGAUCAUUCGGAACAAUGCUUGCCUUUCUUUUACAAACAUAAAAAAUGAUAAACCGUUUCAUUAAAAAUUAUCAAAUAGAUUUUCCCAUAAUACCUUAAAUUUUCCCACGCUACCAUUCCAUCAAUGUAAAAAGGUCAUAUAAACAGGUUUUAACUCCGUUAACGAGCGUCUACGGCUCGUUACGCACUGAAACGACGGUUCAGAUUGUUACAUUAUGGACUGAUUUGUUAGGUUUGGGUAUGAGUGAAAAUGCUGCUUUCUUAAACAAUGACGGAAAGUCCUGUGGCCAAGGAAGUGUUAGAUAUAUGUCUGUGUAUCAUAUUAGGGGGAAGGUGUUGAAGAUUUUUUUAAAUUUGCUUUGUCCAGGUGUUUUUUUCUGGUGUGUCGUUAUACAAUAUACUAUAUACAGGCCACGUGGCAACAGACCCACGCCUGGGUACGCCACGAAGCGUCGCGUCCCAAUAUACUAUAUACAGGCCACGUGGCAACAGACCCACGCCUGGGUACGCCACGAAGCGUCGCGUCCUAGCUACCCGUCGGCUUGGGUAUGCUACCUACCCUCGUCCCCAAGCCAACGCUCGGAUAUUUAAGGCCUGCAUAUGACCCCUUUAGUGAUGCCUCCGGGCUAGUACAGUGGUAACGUAUCGGCCUCUCAUCCGAGGGGUCGGCGGUUCGCGCCCCGCCCAGGCGCAAGAAGUUGCAAUUGUCGCCUGGAGGUUACUGCUGUGACUGGGCACCACGGUGGGUAAGGACUAAGCCCAUUCGAGUCAGCACCUGCUGACACACUGUUAGCGAGUCGACAUCAGUCGGCACAGGCCGGUCUCCCCCAUAGCUCGGGCGAGGCUCAGCUUCGCAUAUCGAACUUAUCCUUUAUCCCUGUAGUCAGAAUGUACCUUGCCGGGCCCGAGGUCACACCCCGACCCUCGCGGCCGGUCUGCCCACUGGGCUGAGCUCGCCAGUGACCUUGGGCGACCUCGCGCUAAACCCCAGACUUGUCUCGUUGUGUUUAUCCAGCGUGUGCUGAACUCAUAUCAGUAAAAAGAUAAAGCCACUCAAGCUUUUACUAUCAUGUCGCAAAUGUUUAGGGGUUCAAUCAAUCUUUAACCUUCUUACAGUCGUAUUAUUUCUGCAAUUUCUCUUGAUGUGAUUGGCGUGUUGAAGGUGUUUGUGCUGUCUAGUAGACUGAAGUCAGUAAAGUUAGAGGGUUGUAGGAGGUGUUGUUACGGUUCUAGUCACAGUCACAUAAUGCGUAUUGGUGGAUAUCCAUUUCAUAUUUCCUUUGGCGAUUUCGAAGCCGAUUUUAGUGGUGUCAUGGUGACCAAAGCUUUGUGGGUUUGACGUGUAGAG